AUGGGAACCCUCGGGGGACACCUGGUAGCAGGGAUCUUCUUCUUCUUCUUCUCACUCUACUACUCGGUGCUGGUGUCCUUGGCCCUACUACGGGGACAGAGGUUCCUCAAACCCCCUCUGCCCCCAAGGGAGAAGCGAGGGCACAGGUGGUGGCAGCUGGUCCCUGUGGAAGGAGUGGGGAAGGUGGUUUUCCCCCUGAUUCUCAUUUUCCCUGAGUUCUUCUACCCGCCAGGAACAAAGCGGCUGAUGACGGUGGACUGGGAGGCCCCUCGGCGACCGUUCACGUUCAAGGACGAGCGGCGGCACUUCACCAUGUACGGGUCCUUCCUCCUCAGUGGCGUGGUGGACAUCGCGAGCCAGACGUGCCAGGCUGUGAAGCUGGAGCAGGCAGCCGAGGCGCUGGCCUUCUGUGCGCUGGUGCUGCUGGCGGUGACCCACGCCGAGCACAAGGGCGCCCUGGAGACCCGCGUGCACACGCUGUUCACAAUGCCUGCCUUCCUGGUCGGCCUGGUGCUCAUCAUCGAGAUCUGGGUCCCCAGCCAGCCCCAGCUCUGGGUGCUCAAGACUUGGAUGGGGCUGGUGCUCAGCAGCUGGCUGAUGCAGCUAAGCAUCCUGAUGUACACGCCUCCCUCUGGGCAGCCCUGGAGAGGGGAAAACCCCAUGGACCUCGCCUUCCUCACCAUCUUCUUCUGCUGGCACCUGGCCUUAGGGGCCGCCAUCUACAGCCUCUGCAGCCUCUGGCAUGAUCGCUUCUCCUCCUGGAGAAAGGCCCCAAGUGCCAAGUACCACCUGUGCCCCAUAGGCGAGGGCAGUGAAGAGCUUGAGAAGCUCCGGGCAGGGACCCAACUACGAGAUGGGGGUGUCUAG